AUGACAAGAUGGGUUAUUGGAUUUCUGCUUCUUAGCAUGCAUCUACAUAUUUGCAAUUGCCUACACUCUAUCAUAAAAUCUGGAUCAGUCCUGGAACAAUCUAUAUCUUCAUUUAUCUCCAAGCGCAGUGCCUUGUUUGAACUACUUGAGUUCUUCCUGACUACGAAAUCUCCGGAAAGUCUUCGUGCAAGUCAACUUGCAUGUUGUGUUAUUUCAAAACAGUGGUGGCUGUUCAGGAAAGCAACCUUUGCAUCCACAGAGCUAGAAGCUUUAGGGUACUCUCUAGAUGAAUCCAUUCUUCAAAAGUUCUGGAAGCUUUGUGAACGCCAACUAAAUAUUCCAGGUGGUUCCAUGUUUCUAUUUGAUCGGAAAGUACUACAAGAUUUCCGUAAAGAUGGUCACCAUUGGAGGAAGAAGAAGGAUGGUGAAACUGUUAAUGAAACUCAUGAAAAGAUGAAGAUCUCCAGUAAAAACAUGAGAUUUCCUGUGUUUAACAGCUACGGGUUUUAUCUGUGA